UCAAAUGGAAACGUUUAUCACAAUCAGGGAAAAAUAACAUAAAUAAAUUAGAAGAUGGCUCAGUUUCCAAACAUACCGGGGGUUCUAUAUCUAUUCGUCAACAUAAGAAAAGAAUGCAAGCAAUGCUUAAACGCCCUCCUACAGGAGUUGAACUUUAUGCAAGGUUGCACACUAAACGGUCUACUCAAGAUUACAUUACACCAAAGGCAGCUAAAGUUAAGGAGGCUUAUGAAAGUGCUAUGGUGGCUAAGUUUGGUGAUGAUACUAGUUGCCACCCCCUCUUGGAUAAUGAAACAUGGUGUGAUGUUUCCGGAGGAGUCAAGAAAGGAAGAAUAUAUGGAUUCGGAUCUGUGUCUGAUCUAGUGAGCUUUUUGGAAGGAACAUCUAGUACAAUAACAUCCCAAGAGGUUGUCUAUGAACGUGUACGAAACGAGAUGCGUGGCGAAAUGGAUGCUAAAGCUGCAGAAAUGGAAGCUAAACAUCAACAAAUGCGUGAGGAAAUGGAUGCCAAAGCUGCAGCAAUAGAUGCCAAACAACAACAAAUUGAUGCAAAAUAUGAAGCAAUGGAGAAGAUGUAUGCAGCCUUGCAAAAUAUGAUGGGAAAUUGAAAAGUAGAGGAAUGAGAACCGAAGAUGAUUGGAUGGACAUGAAAUGAAGAUAUCAGCUAAAAUGUUAUUUUGAAGGUUAAACUUUUUUCUGUUUGUACCUCUUUUGCAUACUUUGGAUUUCUUGGUUCUAAAAUGUUAUUUUUAAGUUAAACCGUUGGGAGUUUGCUGUUAUGUGGAUAGUUUCGUUUUUGGAUGUUUCUUGAAUGACACUUUGGUAAACUUUGAUAGUUUUGGUAUUGUAAUGCUUGGUUGUAUCAUUAUUUGAUGUUCUUUAGUAUAAUAAUUUGAUGAUUGUAGUA